AUGCCACCUUCAAUGGCUAUAGCUCAGUUGACUUUCUCUUCUGUUCCACGUAUGUCGAAUCCUUCGAACUCAUCCACCACCACCGUUGCUGCUGUAACUGAUCUCGUACUGACCAAACAAAUCCUAAACGUUGCGGAUCGUUACAUCGAAGUUAUUCUUUACGUCAGUGGCGUCUGUGGUGCAUUUUUGAACAUCUUCACUUUCUUACAAAAACAAUUGCGAACUAAUUCAUGUUCAUGGUAUUUUCUGGUUGGUUCACUAUGUGAUCUACUGAUCUGCAACAUUUUCAUUCUUACGAAAAUUCUCUCACUUUACAAUCCUCAAAGUUACGGGCAGUUUGCGCGCACAUUAUUUUGGUGUAAAUUUGGAAACUUUUCGAUAUUUACGUUUCCUUGCCUCUCGUCGCUGUAUAUUACAUGUGCAUCAAUCGAUCGGUUUUGUUCAUCAUCACGACGAGCAACAUGGCGAAAAUUGAGUUCAAUUAAAGUUUGCCGAAUUGUUAUACCAGCGAUCUUCGUCGGUUGGGCUAUCUUCUCAUUACAUACAGUAAUUGCGUAUGAUUUAAGACAAUUUAAUCCAAAUUCAACAACGAUCUCAUGCACACCAGAUAGAAGUGUAUAUACAUUUUUUGUGAUCGUCGAUGGAUUCUUUUUCGCACUUUUCAACGGGGCGAUUGUUCCAUUCUUUUUGGCUCUGUUCGGAAUACUUAUCAUUCUUCAUGUUCGUCAAUCACAAAAAAGAGCUAUUGUUGCUCCUGCCGUAGCUCGACAAACUGUCGAUCUGGGCAGUCUGUCUGCCACAGGAACAACCAAUGGAAAUCCAGUUCGAGUCAUAAGCCGAGCCAAUCAUAGUCUCAUUAUCAUGCUGUUAUUUCAAGUAUCUCUUACUAUUCUCCUCAACCUACCUUAUGUUGUCAUCUAUUUAAACAAUCUCUUCAAGUCUACACCAGCAACACCGUUCAAUGCAGUUCUCUCUUACAUUGCAACAUGGUUCUAUUACUUGAAUUACUGUAAAACAUUCUAUCUGAACACCAUGAGUAGUCAAUUAUUUCGAUCAAUUUUGAGACAACAAGUUUUAUACAUGUUCAAUCGAACACGAACGCAAUUGAUCGUAGCGUGGUCAACAUCGGGACAACGGUAG